UCCUCAACAUGAAGAAAAUUGUAGUGAAUAAGCAGUUGGUGCCAAUGAAGGCUCAUUAUUUCCUUUGGAAUGCUGGUACUGGUGCCCUAGUUUCCUAUUUUUCUUCAUACGCCAGACAGCUAGGAUUCUCCAGCGUUGUUGUGGGAUUCAUUUAUACAAUCUUGCCAAUCAGUGGAAUGUUGGCAAAACCGAUUUUUGGCAUGAUAGCCGAUAAAUUCAGAUGCCAAAAACUGUUGUUUCUCAUGUCACAAUUAUUGACAGCUGCUGCAUUUCUUGCCAUAUUUUUUGUGCCCAAAUUGGAGAUCGAGAGAAAGGGCUUGUUCUCUUGUCAAAAUGAUACUCCUAUCAUUGUGGCAAAUGCGACACAGCAGUUGAGUGAUUGUGAUGUGUCUCAUGAUGAUACCAUCGGAUCAUGCAAAAUGGGCUGUGAUGUUAAUAAAAAUUUAGCAAACUCACUUUGUAAUGAAUGGAACCUGAUUCAGUAUUGUGGACCUGGAUUUCCAAAUCUAGUUUAUUUCAAUAUCGAAGUACCGAAAUCCCGAAUAACCCAGAAAAAAAAACAAGUUACCUUUGAGAUAAACAAUAUCACACUAACAGAUGGUUCUCUCAUAGAAUCAGCUUGCCCAGUUAACCAAAGCAUUACUACAUUUUGUUCCAUCGAAUGCAAUGACUAUUAUAUGAAUGAUAUAAUAACGAAGCCCGCAUUGAAAGACGAUGAAACCUAUAGUUUGUACCAGUUUUGGACGUUUCUGAUCCUUAUGAUGGUGGGUUGGGUUGGACAGGCCAUAGCAGUUAGCAUAGGGGAUGCUAUUUGCUUCCAGUUGUUAGGUGACAAACCAAGUAAAUAUGGAUAUCAACGAUUAUUCGGAGCUCUUGGAUGGGGAUCAGUGGCAGCUAUAACUGGUAUUCUCAUAGAUGCUCUUAGCGAGGGCAAAGCUGAGAAAGAUUACUCUGCUGCUUUCUAUUUGGCCACCAUAUUCAUUGUCCUAGAUUUCAUAGUGUCUUCUAGAUUGAUGUAUACACAAGUAGAAGGAUCAUCGAACAUUAUCAGAGACGUGGGAACCUUGUUGCUCAACAUCCGAAUCAUUUCCUAUCUAGUUUGGUGUAUAUUCGUUGGAAUGUGCACCGGUCUCAUGUGGCAAUUCCUCUUUUGGCUCAUCGAAGAUCUGGCUGCUCAAGGUGGCUGCGAAUCUCAAGCUUACGUCAAAACUCUCGAGGGAUUGGUGCAGGCCAUUCAAUCGCUGGCAGGAGAAGCCCCAUUUUUCUUCCUGUCUGGUAGAAUAAUGAAUAAAAUCGGCCACGAAAAUACCAUGUCUCUGGUAUUACUUGCCAUCGGUAUCAGAUUCAUCCUGUAUUCGGUGAUAGCGAAUCCAUGGUAUUUCUUACCAAUAGAACUCUUGAAUGGAAUCACAAUCGGACUUGCCUUUGCUUGCCUAUACUCCUAUGCAAGUAUUGUGGCCCCACCUGGAACGGAAGCAACCAUGCAGGGUGUAAUCGGUGCAGUAUUCGAAGGGAUUGGCGUGUCUUCAGGAAGUGCCUUAGCCGGACUGAGUUACAGGAGUUUUGGCGGAGCCCUAACCUUCCGAUACUUCGGUUUUGCUUCGUUAGCGCUGUGCGUAGUCCACGUUGCCUUUCAGUAUUUCUUGAAGUUACAAGAUUACAAAACUGAGUAUUGCAUACCAAAAGCUGCUUUGGAGAAACUUCAGUGCGCUGACAAUCAGGAAUACAAAGACAGCGUUUCGUGA